UGUUAGCAAAUGCCAGCAUUUCUCUUCUCUUCUAUUCUAUUGUCACUUUCUCUCAUUCUCUCUUAUUCAAAAAACACAACAACAUUAACAUUGCAAUAGUACUACUACAUUUUCACACAACACCCUUUUGAAUUAGUAAAGCAAUGAUGAAUUUGAAAACAAGUAACAAGAAAGUUAUGAGAAGAGGUUUUAUGUGCCAUUCUCAAUCAUCAACAGCAGUGUGCAUGAGUACACGUGAAUCUCACACUGUUGUUGUGCCUAAGAGGAUUGAAAAGAGUGUUUCUUUUGAUGAUACAAGGCUUAAUAUCAACUUUGCAAAAUACUCCAAACUUGUUGACUCUCCAAAUAUCAUGCUUAAAGAAAAGGGUCAAGAUUAUCAAGCCAUUGAACCAAGGGAACUUCACAAAACACCAACAGAUAAUGUUUUUCAGGUGGUUGUGAUGCGGGUUGCUAUUCAUUGUCAAGGAUGUGCUGGCAAAGUGAAAAAACAUCUUUCUAAGAUGGAAGGGGUUACAUCAUUCAGCAUAGAUGUAGAGUCGAAGAGGGUGACAGUGAUGGGGCACGUUUCUCCUGUGGAAGUUGUUGAGAGCAUUUCAAAGGUUAAAAGGGCAGAGCUAUGGACUACACCUUGUUAAACCACUUUCACUUCACUUCUGAUCGAUUAAAACCAUAUAUAUGAAAAAGGAAGCAAAGUAGAUACAGAGACAGAGUCAAUAAAGUUUUACUAUUUCUUUUGCUAAUUAAUAUUUUCAUAUGGUGGUCCUCAAUACAAUCAUAUUAGGGAAUGGACUUGGAGUUGGUGGGUAUAUUUACAUUUACCUACUCAAGUGAUCGAGUACUUGGUUUUUUACUUUUUGCUUGUAAUAUUAUUUUAUGGCAAUUAUUUCUGGUUGCAAUUUUGAGAGAAAAUUACUUCCUUCUCAUUUUAAUUAUCAUUCAAAUUUC